CGCCCGUGAGCCCUGUGCUCCCAGCCCGCGGGGCGUGCUCGCCGUGAGUCGCGCGGUCAGCGGCCCCCGUGCGGUGGGUGUCCAGGCUCCGCGUGGCGGCAGCUGGGUGGCUGGCUGCCCCCUGACCCCGCCGGGCUCCCCUGAGCGUCUGGGGCUCCUGAGAAGCGUGGCAAGGCCCCGGACCCGCGGAGGUUCGCUGUGGAGUGCGGAGGCAGCCCGGUGUGCGGCAGCGAUGGGCGCGGGGGUGCUGCCUCCAAGUGAUGCGGAGAACCGGGCUCUCUAUUUCAGGAUUGGGAACCCAUGCCACACUCACCUGCUCAACUGAGGAAUUACCAUGGUAAUACACGUCUUAUUUAAGUAUAAGAGAUACCGAGGCUCUCGCCAGCCAGGUAAAGGGAAACAAGGAAAAGGCCCGGACAAAUCUCGCGGGAAGAAACAGAAGAAACCGGAAGUGGACAUUCUCAGCCCAGCUGCCAUGCUGAACCUCUACUACAUCGCCCACAACGUUGCCGACUGCCUGCACCUGCGAGGCUUCCGUUGGCCCGGUGCUCCCAAAUCAAAGGGGAAAAACAAGACUUAAUGGCGUUCCACAGAGAGCAGAACUUGGGGAAGAGAAAUCGGGAAAAUACAACUACUGGAAGCAAAAUAGACUUUACUGAAGACAACUUGAGACGCAAGCUAAGUGUGCUUUUCUAUGGUAGUUAAUGAUAAAGAAGUGCAUUUGACUUCCCAGCUAAAUGCAGCUACAGGAAGCCAAUUUGGUUUUUCAGAAGAAGUUAAGGGGGAAAAAAGUCCGAGUAGUUCCUACUCAGGAAUUGCGUGGUGGAAUUGAUAGGAUUUUUCAAAUUAUAAUUCUGGGUCAGAAUUAAACCUGUUCUCAAAAGGCA